AUGCCCAAAACAGCUUCAGCAGACUUCACCUACAUGUCAUCUCUGAACAGUUUGUUAACCAAGCAGCCGAAAGAGAAAGCAAAAAGAUGCAAGCAAAGGUUCCACCAUGACCCACUAAACUGCCCUAUAAAAGGACGGCACCAUUUCCAGCAAUUCUCAUCUCAUCAUCACAUCCAAAAAAACAUUACCCAAACAGCACAGUAA